AUGGACGAGGCGAGAAUGUCGACGGUAAAAGCGGACGUGAAUAUAUUGACAUUCUUCUUCAAAAUGGGUAAAUUCUUCGGGGUGGUUCCUUUACACAACAAGAAAUCCAGCAGAUUAAAAACAAUAAUAUCCCUGUCGUAUUUCGCUAUAUUGAGCCUGUUACUAUCCGCUAUCUUCAUUGUAUCGGUUUGGGACCGCCACAAGAUGUACGAUUCGAUGAAAGUGACCAAUAUCAUCGUGGAUGUGCUGGUGAUGAUAACGAAUUUCUGCUUCAUUUUAACCAUCAGACUCGGCAAUCUCAUCAACAACCGAUACUUCGACAAAAUAAUGGAAAGUUUCCGGAAAAUCGACGCUUGCUUGGACCAAUCGAAUUUCACCAUAUGCAGGAUGAGAGUGUUCAAAAUUUACUUCUUCAUUGUCGGUUUCCAUGUACUUUAUUUAGGCAUGCACGCCUACGAACUGUACUACAGGAUCGUCAAUCACCAGACGUCCUUCCUCAUAUGGGUGUUGUACAUACCCGGUUUCUUGAAAAUACACCAUCAAUUAUUCGUGGUUACUUUGGUGGCCAAAAUGAACACCAUGCUGCACACGAGGUACCAAUUCGUCAUUCACUGCUUGGGAUUGAACAUCGACAAGGAAAACCUGAACCUGGAGCUGCUGGAAUUGAACAAGAAAUCCCUGACGUUGGAUCAAAUCUAUUACGUUUUCAAGAAGCUGUACGAUUUAGUUAGCGACAUGAACGUCCUGUUCAACUGGCAAAUAUUCUUCGUCCUGACGUGCACCGUGCUGGAGAUCCUGAACGUCAUCAAUUUCAUGAAGCAGGACCAAGCUUGGUCCGUCCUGGCUGUUGAUAUAGCUUACGGAGCUUUGUACACGAUAUCCACGCUGGCGAUAAUCAAAUCCUGCAACGAUGUACAGAUGUUGGGAGAAAAGGUCUACGUCUGCUGCUACACCAGCCAGGAGACGUUGGGAGGGUCAAAAUUCGAGAACGAACUCCUGAAAUUCGCUAAGUUGAUAAAGCCAUUGCUGCCUCAAUAUACAGCAGGAGGAUUCGUUACUGUUAAUCAGCGGAUACUAUCUUCGUUGUUUUCUGCUACGUUGACUUACCUCAUUGUUAUUAUACAAUUCGAUUUAAGCACGUAA